CCCAUCUUCUCUCUGUCUCUCCCACAGCCUAAAGCGUUUUGUUGUGCUGGCCGCAGAAAGAGACAAACAAACACCACCAUAAUCACUUUUUCUCAGUUUAGUUCUCGAAAGCCAUUUGUUUGUUAACAGAUCUCCUUCCUUCUUCUUCUCAGGUAUCAGCAAGUACCCCUUUUUUCAGGAUCAAGGAAGGGAAGAGAGAGUAGAAGGGGAUUUUACCAACAUGGUUGAAAAGUUGAUGAUGGUGAGGAUUGUGUUGGCCAUCUCUGUCUUGAGCACUCUGUUUCUGACAUCCUUGGCACAGACAUGCAAUACACAAACCUUCACAAACAACAAGGUUUUCACUUCAUGCCGUGAUCUUCCACACUUAACCUCGUACCUCCACUGGACCUAUGACCAGACCACAGGGAAACUGGAAAUAGCAUUCAGACACACUGGGAUCACCUCAACAGACAGGUGGGUUUCAUGGGCUAUCAAUCCCAACAGUGACCUUAAUCAAGCCAUGGUUGGAGCACAGGCUUUGGUGGUUAUACCACAAUCUAGUGGUGCCCCAAGAGUCUAUACUUCCUCCAUUUCUGGCUACACCACCCAGUUGGCAGAGGGAAACAUCAGCUAUCCUAACUCAGGCUUGACAGCUACUUAUCAGAAUAGUGAGGUGACCAUUUAUGCUACACUCACUCUUCCAAGUGGUACUACCAAGUUGGUCCACCUUUGGCAAGAUGGUCCUCUCUCUGGUUCUUCCCCACAAACCCAUGCCCAGGAUUCUUCUAACCUCAACGCCAAGGAAAGUUUGGAUCUUGUUUCUGGUACCAGUCAAGCAGGAUCAGGGAAUUCACUUAGGAAAAGAAGAAACGUCCAUGGAGUGCUGAAUGCUGUGAGCUGGGGGAUCUUGAUGCCCUUGGGUGCCAUAAUAGCAAGGUAUUUGAAGGUGUUCAAAUCUGCAGACCCUGCUUGGUUUUACCUUCAUGUUACCUGCCAAACCGCUGCUUACAUAAUUGGUGUUGCUGGAUGGGGAACUGGUCUCAAACUCGGCAGUGACUCUGUUGGUAUUGAGUAUUCAACCCAUAGAACACUCGGGAUCAUCCUCUUCUGCCUUGGAACACUUCAGGUUUUUGCUCUUCUUUUGAGGCCCAACAAAGAUAACAAAUACAGAUUCUACUGGAAUAUUUACCACUACACCAUCGGAUACACCACCAUAGUCAUCAGUAUCGUCAACAUCUUUAAAGGGUUCGAAGCAUUGGGGAAUUCCGUGGGUGAUCGCUACAAUGGCUGGAAGCAUGCGUACAUUGGCAUUAUUGCAGCUUUGGGUGGCAUUGCUGCCCUUUUGGAAGCUUACACAUGGAUCAUAGUCUUGCAGAGGAGGAAAUCAGAGGGCAAGACAGCAAACAUUAAUGGAACAAAUGGGGCUCAUGGAUAUGGUUCUAGGCCACAGCAGGUGUAGGGUAGGUGGCCGGAUAGACACUGGAAUUUUGGCUUGUGGAUCCUAUCUAUAUGAAUUUUGUUAUUAGACCCUUAUGUAUAUUUGCUUACAUAUAUUGAGCGUACUUAGGAUACUCUCUGUUGCUUUAGAGUCUGGUUUUGAGAUAUUCUUUCAUAGGAUAGUUAAUUCCUGGGGCAUGGUUUUCUCCAUGCUUUUCCAGAGGAUGCUUUGUAUCGGUUUCUUCAUAUUUGUAUUUAUUUUUUACUUUUAUC